UUUACUGUCAGGUUUUUCUUUAUCUUUUCUAAAAUGGCAGAAGCGAAUGUUUCUUUGGCUCAGGAUCAGUUCAGCUGUUCAAUCUGUCUGGAUCUACUGAAGGAUCCUGUUACCAUUCCCUGUGGACACAGUUACUGUAUGAGCUGUAUUACGGACAGCUGGGAUCAGGGUGAUCAGAACAGAGACUACAGCUGCCCUCAGUGCAGACAGACCUUCACUACAAGACCUGUUUUAGGUAAAAACACCAUGCUGGAUGAAGUGGUGGAGAAACUGAAGAAGACUAAACUACAAGCUGCUCGUCCUGAUCACUGUUAUGCUGAACCUGGAGAUGUGGAGUGUGACGUCUGUACUGAGAGAAAACACAAAGCUAUCAAGUCCUGUCUGGUGUGUCUGAACUCUUACUGUCAAAAUCAUCUUGAACAACAUGAGAAUUUAUUCAAAGGGAAGAAGCACAACCUGAUAGAUGCCACUGGACGACUUCAGCAGAUGAUCUGCCCUCAACAUGAUAAAAUACUUGAGAUUUACUGUCGUACUGAUCAGCUCUGUAUAUGUUAUCUAUGUAUGGUAGAUGAACACAAUAACCAUGAGACUGUAUCAGCUGCAACAGAGAGGACUGAGAAACAGAAACAGCUGCAGAAACAAUACCAGGAGAGAAUCCAGGAGAGCCAGAAGAAGCUUCAGGAGCUGAGAGAUGCUGUGGAGACUCAUAAGCGCUCUGCACAGACAGCAGUGGACGACACUGAGAGGAUCUUUACUCAACUGAUCCAAACCAUUGAGAGAAGACGAUCUGAGGUGACACAGCGUAUGGGUGAUCAGAAAAAGGCUGCAGUGAGUCGAGCUGAAGGACUCUUGAAGCGACUGGAGCAGGAGAUUGAUGAUCUGAGGAGGAGAGACGCUGAACUGAAGCAGCUUUCAACCACAGAUGAUCACAUCCAUUUCCUCCAGAGUUUCCAGUCUCUCGCAGUUCCUUCUGGAUCUACAGAUUUACACAGCGUCACUGUCAGUUCUUUUGCUGAUUUAGUGAAAUCUGUGUCUCAUCUUAGAGAGAAACUGGGGGAUCUCUGCAAAGAGAUAGAAAAAAUAUCUGACAAAGUUACUCCUGAACCCAAGAACAGGAUGCAGUUCCUACAAUAUUCUCAUCAGAUCACUGCAGAUCCAAACACAGCACAUAAACGGCUCUGUCUGUCUGAUGGGAACAGAGGGAUUACUGUCACUGACAAAGACCAGCCGUAUCCUGAUCAUCCAGACAGAUUUGAUGUUUAUCUUCAGGUGUUGUGUAGUGAAAGUAUGAGUGGACGCUGUUAUUGGGAGGUUAAGUGGAGUGGAAAUGUCCAAAUAUCAGUGUCAUAUAAGAGCAUCAGCAGGAAGGGAGAGAGUAAUGAGUGUUUGUUUGGAUUUAAUGAUCAGUCCUGGAGUUUGUUCUGCUCUGACGAGGGAUACACAUUCUGGCACAAUAGCGUUAGUAAAAAACUCUCUGUAUCGAAAUCAUCUAGAAUAGGAGUGUAUGUGGAUCACAGUGCAGGAUCUCUGUCCUUCUACAGCAUCACUAGCAAAAUGACCCUCAUCCACAGAGUCCAGACCACAUUCACUCAACCUCUCUAUCCUGGGUUUGUGGUUAUUAGUAAAUCAGUUAAACUGUGUAAUAUAACAAAAUAGAUCAUAAAGAGAUUAUAACAGAAGGUAAUGUUAAAGAUCACGCGGUACUUUGCGGGUCGUAAAAUAAAGUGUUACCAAGAUGACAUAUUGUCCAAAUCACGUUUUUAAAUUUUCUUUGGUGUGUAAGUGUGUAUUAGUACAUGUUAACCAUUUGCAAAAAGUACAAACCCAAAAGUAAGUUUACAAACUUAAAGGGGCGGUUUCCAGGACAGGGUUCAAGUUAAUACAGGACAAGGCCUUAGUUAUAUUAUGACAUUUAACCCUUAUAAGACCCGACUUUCCUGUAUUCAUUAUAGUUCCGCAGGGGUAAAAAUGACCCCAGAGAUUAAAAGAGUGAUUACAAAAAUAUAUACAUUUUUAAUGAUACAAAUAAUAUAUAAUUUUUUUCAUUUACUACCAAUCUGUAAAUUAAUGCUGUGUUUUGGGAGAUAUUAUUUCAAAUAGUAUAAUUGUUUGUAGUUUUUGAUGCAUUUUGAAAGGUCUGUUUUUAAAAUGUCACAGAAAUUUUACUGAAGUGUGUGUGUACUUGGUAAUUAUCACGUUGUGGGGACCAAUUGUCCCCACAAAGAUAGGAAUACCAGUGUUUUUGUGACCUUGUGGGGACAUUUUGAUGUCCCCAUGAGGAAACAAGCUUAUAAAUCAAACAGAAUGAUGUUUCUUGAAAAUGUGAAGUAGCAGAAGGGUUUUUGUGAUGGUUGGGGUUAGGGAAUGGGGCAGGUAAGGGGAAUAGAAUAUACAGUUUGUAUGGUAUAAAAUGCAUUACGUCUAUGGAAUGUCCCCACAAAACAUGGAAACCAGAAUGUGUGUGUGUGUGUGUGUGUGUGUGUGUGUGUGUGUGACUUUGUCUUUCUGUGUGUGUGUGCAAUGUGUGUCUGUGUCUUUAUUUGUGUGUAAGUUUUACUGUGUCUUUGUGUGCGAGUCUGUGUGCGAGUCUGUGUGUGUUUGUGCAUGUGUGUGUGUAUGUGCGAGCAUGUGUGUGUGUGUGCGUGUGCGCACACCUGUGUGAGUAUUUUACAUCUUUGUUUUGCAUUUGUGGCUGUUUUUUGCCAAAUUCUAUAAAAAAAUGCUCUCUGUGGCAGUCAUAACUUUGUGUGUUUGUGUGUGUGUGUGUGUGUGAUUAAGCAUGUAUUUUUAUGUAACAAAAAUAUUUGUGCUCUAGUACCAGGCCUACCUUUCUGUGUUGAAAUUUUCAGAUAUAUUCUGGAUGCAUUGAUUUUUUUUGACAAAUAAAAAAAAAAAAAAAAUGAUUUUUUUACAUUUCCCAUUCAUUUCAAUUGGGGUCAUUUUUACCCCCAAAGGGAUUAAUUAAGUGACAUUUUUUUACGCCUCUUUAGAACAACUGAAUUAAGCCCAGUUUUUUAUAUGAAUCUUGACAGAUAAUCUGGAAAAGUCACAAAAUCUUAUUCAACUGUGAUGAAGGGAAUCAUGUUUUUAAACUAAAGAAAAGUGGCUUGGGGGUAGGAUUGACCCCAAGGGUCUUAUUAAGUAGUUUUUACAAACCUUAUAAAACAAUACUGGUGUGCAUCUUGAGACAAAACAAUGGCACUGAUAUAUGUUAAGAUGUGUCCGUUUUUUUCUAAAUUAGGGCAGGUAAAACAUCCAUUUUAGUUUAAAACUAUGAUAAGCCCUGUCCGGGAAACUGCCCCAAAGUGAACUACAGUGGCAUGCAUGAGAAAGUUUGGGCACCCCUGGUCAAAAUUUAUGUUAAUGUAAACAGUUAAGCAAGUGGACAAUGAAAUGAUCUUCAAAAGGCAUACAGUUAUAGAUGACAUGUUCCCUUCAUAUUUAAAAAAGUCUUCCAGUUCUGUGAGAUUCCUUGGCGUCUUGCACGCACUGCUCUUUUGAAGUCUUUCCACAGAUUUUAAAUGAUGUUUAGGUCAGAAGACUGUGAGGGACAUGGCAAAACCUUCAGCUUGUGCCUCUUGAGGUAGUCCAUUGUGGAUUUUGAGUUGUGUUUAGGAUCAUUAUCCAUUUCUAGAAGCCAUCCACUUUUCAACUUCAGCUUUUUUACAGAUGAGGUUAUGUUUGAUUUACUUUAAUUGAAUCCAUUUUUUCCUCUACCCGUGACAUGUUCUGUGUGCCAUUAGCUGCAAUAAAACCCCAAAGCAUGAUCUAUCCACCCUCAUGAUUAACAGCUGGACAGGUGGGUUUUUUUUAGGAUUUCUAUGCCCUUUGUUCUCCAAUCAUACACUCUAAAAA